CGGGGCGCGGGGCCGCUCCGCCGCCGGGGCUGCACAGGCAGAUGUGCCGAGUCCAGCUGAAGCCCCCGGGGGUGUGAGGAAGGCAAAGGCAGCACGGCACGAUGCCUGUGGCAGAGCGGGUCCUCCUCCGCCCGGUCACCAUGGGGCUGCUCCUGCACAGCCUCCUCCUCCUCCUCCUCCUCCUCCUGGGCUGCUGCCUCCGCCCGGCCACCGCCUUCCCCAAGGGCUGCUACCCCUCGGAGGAGGAGGGGCUGAAGACCUUCCGCUGCAGCAACGCUCGGCUGACCGAGGUCCCCAGAGACAUCCCCAACGACACCAACAAGCUCUACCUGGACUCCAACCGCAUCCCCUUCCUGCCCCGCGACGCCUUCCGGGACCUGCCGCUCCUGCUGGAGCUGGACCUGUCCCACAACGCCAUCGCCAGCGUGGAGAGCGGGGCUUUCCGAGGCCUGGCAGAGCACCUGCACUCCCUGGACUUGUCUUCCAACAGGCUGGUGUCGGUCAGCAAAGACGCCUUCAGCAACCUGAAGGCCAAGGUGAACCUGUCCAACAACCCGUGGCUGUGUGACUGCCGGCUGCAGGAGCUGAUCCGCACCGUGGAGCUGGUGGCCGGCUCCUCGGGCGGCAUCGUCUGCGACUCCUCGGCGCAGGAGGAGCACGUGGGCAAAGCCUUCCUGCAGGUCAUCGCCGACACGGACUUCUGCAACGUGUACAAGAAGACCACGGACAUCGCCAUGCUGGUCACCAUGUUCGGCUGGUUCGCCAUGGUGAUCUCCUACCUGGUGUACUACGUGCGGCAGAACCAGGAGGACGCCCGGAGGCACCUGGAGUACCUCAAGUCGCUGCCCAGCAAACAGCGGCGCUCGGAGGAGUCGUCCACCAUCAGCACUGUGGUGUGAGCACCGGCAUCCUGCGGGACACGGGGACGCACAGGGCCGGGGAACAGCCGCUCGUGGCAGCAGGAGCUGUCACAGCCACCGGCGUCGCACAGAGAUACUCGUGGAUUUGCCCCGUUCUCCUCCUGGCAGCGGGAGCCGUGGCCGGUGAGUCCCUGGCUCUGGUGGCUGUGGCCAGGGAUGGAUAUCAGCCGUGAGCACGGAGCAUCCACAGUGUCCUCCCAUGUUAUGGAGGACCCGGAGCAUCUCCCUGGCACGUGGCCGUUGCUCCAACCGACCUGGACGUUUGGACCUCAUGUAAAACUUUUGUAUUUCCUUCGCAGAGAUCCCUUGGGGCAUUAACGGAAUCGGUGUUUCCAUCCCUCACAGGCUGGCCUGGGCCUGGCUCCCUGCUGGGAGGGCAGUGGGAAGGAGCAGGAGGGCUGUGAGGGCAGUGCCCUGCUGGGUCACCGACCCUGGGGGGUCAUGGGCUGUGACUGCAGCCAGUGGGACCAAAGGAUGGGACAGGAAUUGGGAACACCCUGGCUGGGAGAGGCCAAAAGCAGCUCCAGCUCCAGCUGUUGUGUGGGUUGUGCCACCCCAUCUCCCAUUUCGGCCCCUGCUGCUCCCUGCUCCCUUCCCAGCACCCCAGGCCAGGUGGGGCAAGGGGCGUGGGGGUCCCCACCCAGAGAAGGGGUCACUGGUGGGCGAACCCAGAGCCUUCCCCCUUGGAAUGUGGGGAAUAAGAACCAAAUGGGGAAUGAGCUCCCCAGGGCAGAGCCCUCUGGGGCCACCAAGGGGUGUGGGUGCUGAUGGAGGGGAACUGAGGGGUCCAGGCAGUAGGUACAGCCCUGCUGGGAUGUCGGGGGAAGCAGUUUCCCCUCAGUGCUCCCCAGGGACCACGGGGGUGGGUGUUUGAAGCACCCUCACCCCCUGCUCCCCUCGGCUGCCGGAGGGGAGCUCCCACCUCACAAGCUGCCGACCAGUCACUGUGAUGGGAAAUGGGAUGGAAGGAGCCGCUGCGGCUCCUCCGCCCUCUCCCCACUCCCGCACCACUGGCAGGAGCCUGAAUCUCCCCUAAAAAUGCUCCAGAGUCCCUUCUGGGCACUUCCAGUAUUGGGCUGCAGGUUCCCUGUGGCAGUGGUGGAGGCAAGGCUGGGCACAGGGCUGGCACAGGAGGGGGUCAGUGCCCACCUUUAGGUGUGCAGGGUCCAAGUGGUGACUCAGAGCAAAGCCAGAGCAGACCCAGACUCUUCCACCCACGUCUGGCCCCUGGGAGAGCUGGUUUUUGCUGGUUUUGACCUUUUUUUAAACCAACUGAAGAUAAAUUGCCUUAAUUCACCAAGAGCACCAACCAAAGCUGCUUGAACCUCCUCUGUACCGGGCCAGACCUGGCCCAGCCUCAGCCCCUGGUGUGGGCAGUGUGUUUUGGCACAGGCAGGGCUCCAGCCCCGGCCCCUGCCCGUCCUCCCAGUGCCAUGGGGAGCUGUGGGACGGAGCCGGCCGGGAGCAGCGCCCGCACCCUUCCACAAGUGCCUAAUUCCAGCGCAGACCAGGAGCUCUGCAACGCACAAACGCCUCGGCCCCAGCUCCCAUCCGGGCGUCCCCGCAGCCCCACGGCAGCUCCUUCCCCCUCUACAACCGGCUGCGGACAAGAGGGGCUGGGGGGACCCCCCGAGGCCCCCCUGGGCUGCUCCCCCCGGGCAGUGUGGGGGCCACCGGGACUGCCUGACCCAUCCGUGUUUGGUUUAAGGGACCUUUUACAUUCUCACUUUAUACGACAAUAAAUUGGCUGUUCCUUUGGAGCGGG